AUGCACAGCCCCACGAUUGUAUUCCGUAGCAAAGCGGUGAGAAACGUUCAGCCAACAGUCCCUAAGCGGCAGAAUGAUCCAGAGAAGCACAAAAAGCUUGUUGAACGUGAUUAUAGUGCUAUGCUUCGUUUCUCCGGCUUGUGGGAGAGCUAUGAAUAUCUGCUGAACUCCAAAUAUCGCCUCUUUUCUCUAAGCAAAGGCCGUCGUGCUGUUCGUGCAAGUUUGUGCAACAACCAGAGCAGACCCCAUGAUGAUCUUUGCGAGACGAACGGGUCGCGAGGAGGGUUGCCGGCCUUUAUUUACGAAACUCGUGGGCAUGAACAAGCAUGCUUAGGCAGUGAUGGGAAUUCAGGCCAAGGCCGUGAUCAUGGGAUGAUCAGGUCAUCGUCGCGUCAGGUUUUUCCACAGUUGCCGCCCGUGUGGUCCCCGAAGACACCAGCAUCCUGCCAUACCUCUUUUGGGGUCCUGAUCGUUGGCUUUCCGCGGCAGGCCGUGAACGCUUGGACAGUGCUCGGGCUCGAACCACUCGGCGGCAACGGCUUACCCGUCACAUACAUCCCCGAGCUGAAAAGAAACAAACGGCGUCCUGCCGACGACCUUUUUGUCUCGUCUGCCCACGCCGACCGAGUGGAAAAACACGUUCGUCUCUUGGCGGCAUUGGACACACUCGACCUGUUUUUCCGGAGCGCAAUGUAUGGAAGUCCUGAGCACGAGGUGACCUACGUCUCGGAGCUUCGCUGGUUGUCAAGUUCAUCUCAACUCAUUGCUUAUGAGCUUGCGAGGGCGGUUGAAAUUGAAAAGACACACCGUGAAAAUAAGAUCCAACGGCCUUCGAAUCGCAACUUCAUUUUACCAAAGAUUGAAUUACUCAGAAUGCGCUUGACUAGGUCUUUCAACCUCGUGUGGCGCUUUGUAUCUAACGAGAGCAUAGCAGUGAGAACCGGAUUCAUCCGCCGGAUCGUUUUGAUAUCCUGGAAUAAGAAAAGAAAGCUUGCGGGGUAUCAUUACUUGAAGGAGCAAAACAAUAUGAUCAGUGGGAGGCUUGAACUCCCGGCCUUGGCAUUACUCAACAUUUCUGAUGAAAUAUUAGUUCGCAGAGUUUUCAUGUUAUGGGGAUCAGUGGUGGAGUCGCGAUGCGGGGACAUCUUGCGUCAAAUAACGUUUGCAAUCCAAUUGCGACCUGCAGAUAGAGCGAUCAUCGUAGUCUUCGACGCGCUGUUUUUCUUCUUUGGCCUACGCCAGCACAAAGCCUCUGUUAAGCAGGGUAGAAAAACACAACUUGGGAAUACUUGGAAUCAGGCAAUCUGGAACCUAGCCCCAUGGUGCCAGGUUCUCCCUUCGGAUCCGGACCCGAGACUCCGCGAUGGUUCCCAGCUCCGGAGGGCGCGCCAUUCCCCCGCGCCUAUCAAGGGGGAAAGCUUCUCACCCGUGGAGAGGCGUCUGUCUCUGCUUUACUUUUCCCAGCGGGUGCCCUUUUCUACUCUCCGUUUCCUAAAACAUCCAUUCCAUCCGGAAACCUUCCAUCACGACCUCUACUCUCGAACACGCCUUGUUCAACACAUGCCCCCAACUCUUACCAACGGCCUCGGAGAAUCGAGCUCAAAGGCAUAG